CGAGUUGAACUCUACGCUGCUUUCGUCUUUCCGAUCUAUUUCCCCGUUUCGAGCUUCUUCCGCUUUCUUUGUUCCUGAACAAUGCUCUUCAAAUCCGUAUUUGUUCUUUUCGCUGCUGCCGCAACGUUCGGCGUCAACGCUGCGCCUCUCGAGGUUCGUCAGAUCGGUAACCUCGAGUGCAACAUCAACAGGUUCCAGAUCGUGACCGAUCUCUCGAGCGCGAAGACCGCGGUCGGCAAGCUCGGUGCCGCGGCACCCAUCGCCUCGAACACCACGGCUGCCGCCGCAGUGCAAGCAGUGACGGACGGCAUCUCCGGAGCUCAAGGAGCCAUCGGCGUCAUUGGCAAGGCGCUGUUGAAGCUCCAGGCCGCGCCCGCAGAAGCCAGGGAUCAAGUCCAGGGCAACCUCACGAGCGCCCAAAACGCCCUGGACAGCAUUACGCCGGCGAGCGUUUCAUCCAACGACACCUCGACGCUCGGCCUGCUCUCGGACGCACAGAGCAAGCUCAACGACGCCAUCACCGCCGGCCUCAACGUGGUGGCGAACUGCAAGUAAAGCGCGAGAGCUAGUGACACUCGGACAUUUCGUAUCCAGGACAGUCAUCUCCCCAUUCAACUUCAGCGGUACUUCUCGAUGUAGAUCGGACGAUUUGAAAGCAAUGUAGCCAUAGCCUCGAC